CCUAUAAAUACCCUCGAAACCCACAACAAAGGUUUUCAAACCACAACACACCAACUCCAAAAAACUCCUCACUCCUCAAUCACUUGUUCCAAAUUGGAGCUAGCCAUGGAAUCAAACCCCACAAAUACAACCAAGUUCCUCUUUAGCUACGGCGGUAAAAUCCUUCCCCGCCACACCGACGGCAAGCUCCGCUAUGCCGGCGGCCACACCAGAGUCCUCGCCCUCUCUCUCCCCAUUUCUUUCUCGGAGUUGAUGGUGAAGUUUGUAGAAUUAUGUGGUUCAUCUGUUACACUCAAGUGUCCAUUACCAAACGGAGAUUUAGAGACAUUGGUUUCAAUCACUAGCGAUGAAGAUCUGAAAAAUAUAAUUGAAGAAUACGAACGAGCUUCUUCAUCGUUACCUCAUCCAUUGAAGAUUAGAGCUAUUCUUUCAUCUCCCAAAUCUCUCAAGAAAGUAUCUCCUCCACAAUCUUCUUCAUCAAGCGCGACGUACUCUCCAUCUGGUUCGCUUUAUAAUUCUGUGGAAUCACCACCGUAUGUGGCCGUGAAUCGGCGGUGUUGCUCGCCGGUUUCUCUAGGGUUUCCGAUUGGUAUUCGAAAUGGGGCGGUGAAAGGUGGUUGUUACACGCGGCAAUUACAUGGAAGCCCUAGAUUCCUCUAUGGAUGUGGUAAUAAUUAUUGUCAAUGAUGCAGGGUUAUAUUGGGGAAUACAAGAAGAUAUACAGAAGUACUACUAGAUAUUAGGUGAUGAUGAUGAAAAAUAUGAAAGAUCGGUUUCGAUCUGUUGUGGGUGUAAAUAGUAAAAAGAGAUUUGUAAUAGAGCUUGAGUUUCUAUUUUUUAUCUGCUUGAGCUUUAAAAAACACAAAUCAGAGUCUUGCUCUGUUUUCUC